AUGUUCCAAUUCCUGGGAGUAACCAGUGGUCGAGUCUGGCCUGCACCACCUGAUAUGGUACCCGAUACAGAGUCGUACUACAAAGGAUCCAUGGCUGCCACCAUAUUCUUCUAUCUGGGUCUUUGGUCUGUAAAAGCAGCCUUCUUGGUGUUUUUUAAGCGCCUUAUCAGCGAUAUACGAUCAUUGACUAUCCACUGGUGGGUCGUCACGGUGUUCACUUUUCUCUGCCUGGUAGCAUGUUUCGCAGAUACCAACUACUGGUGUCGACUGGCACCAUUAUCGGAGAUCGUAAAGAAGUGCUCUGGAGGCCCCGAGAUCGAGAAAGUGCUUGUUGUGCUUAAGCUCAAUACCGCAUUCGACGUGAUAACAGACUUUCUGAUUAUGUCAAUACCAUUUACAAUUCUGUGGCAUGUUCGAGUUCAAGCAAAGAAAAAGCUGGCUUUACUGGGUCUUUUCUCGCUUGUCAUGAUCACGGCUCUGUUUGCUAUUCUACGCGCGGCUCUGGUCACCAAAUACUCAAGACAACCGGAACCUUCAUGGCUAUACAUCUGGACUGCCGUUGAACAUAGCAUGGCUGUCAUUGUGGCAUGCCUCGGAACCUUUCGCGGUCUCUUUGUCCACGAGGACAAGCCGUUAAUUGGGCCCGCGUAUAGUGUGAGGGAGUAUUCCCGAAAGCUGUUUGCGCGAAACAAACCAAAACAUCCCCUGGAAGAGUCUAUAUCGAUGGACGAUUCAAUUUUGUUCCCGCCACAGACCCGUUCGAUCUCGACAGGCAACUCACACGAGCCAUUUGGAUUGGUCGACUCUACUCAGAAGCAGUCAAAUUUUGUUCAUAAGCCUAUAGAGAUGCCGAAGAGAACAGGACAAGUCAAAUCAUAGAGGGAAGCAAUCGUAGCAUAGUGUAUUCAUGUAUUAUUCUCAGCUUUCUCUCAUGCUGGAAUUAGAUGCACGAUGAAACGACCUGUCUCAUUGUAGCAUACAGGCAUCAUUGAACAUUUGUUGCAAAAACUCUCAUCAUGCUUUGAACGGUGAAAUGAUGACCACACAAUCAAGUCAGUAAAGAGGCAAACAAGUGAGGAGCAGAAAAUCAGAGGGGGAGAAUAAAGCGGUACAACCCGCUGCUGGCUGUGCUUACCUACCAGGGGGCAUAUUAGCCUAACGAAAGGGUAAUCUGGGCAGCCUAUUAACGCCUCCCUUAGUCGACGCUCAACCCAGUCUUAACUGCGAAGGUCCGCGCCGCUGGAAUUUCUUGAUGCCCGUUCGCUACGCCAAGUAACGUUGCAUAGUGAAUGCCCACCCGCUGAUUGUUCGUGCGCGCAUCCCCACUCAUAUGCGUAAAGAUACGCUUGUUCGUCAUCUCGGUAAGGUACUCGAAUACGCACCAUACAUGGUAAGACAUGGGAGUGAGAUUCGAAUAAGGACAAGUGUACCCCGCCCCUGAAGACAGGCUAUAAACGAAAAUUGGUGUUCUAAUUGAAUAAUGAUUUGAAAUCAAAUCAACAAACAAAAGAGAUGUGAGAGUGGGAGUGAUCCGGAUCAAAAACAAAAACCCCCUCCUCCUCAUCCCGUACCCGCACAUCUUACCUUUCCAGCU